AUGUCAGGUGCUGUUAUUUCACCACCUGAAAUACUAACAAAUAAAAUAAAAAAGUUUCCAGUUACAAGUAAAAAGUUUCACUGCCCUUCUCCCAAAACAGAAUCUAGACCUCAGGAAACAAUUAGGGGAGUGAAAAAGAGUGAUAGCAAUACUGGUAUAAUUUACAUCGACUCCAAAGGUGAUUUGGAGACACAAAACAGGUUUCCAUCGCCACCGUCAUUUAACAUAUCUCAUGAUGACGAUUUUCACUUAACCAUUGUUCAUGAAACCUCGAGAAAUGACGAUAAUGCCCUUGACCAUGAGCCACCUAUUGUGAAGGAAACACCAAUCAAGAACAGUUACCCUGAUACUCUUGAAUCUGUCUUUGAGUCAACCAUAAUCCAAUCAAACAGAAGCAUAUUCAUUGUGUUUCUUUACAAUCUACAAACAGUGCAAAACUGA